GAUGUUUCCUUCAUCCAAUUAUUCUUUCUCACCGUCGACUAUGUUCUCAGUGUGCGCAUCUCUAAGUGGGUUCUCGAUGCUCUUUAGAUCGAUGCUCAACGAUUUCGUACCGGAGCAGCUCCGUUCCUACAUCUACGAGAACGUACUGGGCAGACUAUUCACUCCGAGUUCGAAGAAUCUCACGUUGAUUAUCGACGAGAACUCCAAGUAUAAGAGAAACCUAGUCUACGAAGCGGCGGAGAUGUACCUCCGCACCAAGAUCGGCCCCGAGACUGAGCGUUUACGCGUUGGAAAAACUCCGAAGCAGAAGCACUUCAUUGUCACGAUUGCGAAAGGAGAAGCGAUCCGAGACACGUUCGAGGACAUCCAGGUGAAGUGGUUAUAUGUUCAGACGGAGAAAGCGAAUAGUGAAAAAGUAAAACGGUACUACGAGCUCACAUUCGAGAAGAAGCUGCGAGAGAGAGUCUUGGACUCUUACUUGAACCACGUUAUCGCGGAGUCGGAAAAGAUCAAGAGGGACCUGAGAGUGGUGAAUCUCUAUAGCCGAGAUGUGCAUAUGAGCAGUGACGACGAUGGAUCUGCUGGAGGGAGCUGGGGAUGUAUAAGUCUCGAGCACCCCUCGACGUUCGAAACCUUGGCGAUGGAUCCAAGUGCAAAGAAGAAGAUAAUCGAUGACUUGGAUAGGUUUCUGAAGAGGAAAGAGUUUUACAAGAGAGUUGGUAAAGCAUGGAAACGUGGUUACUUGUUGUAUGGCCCACCAGGAACUGGUAAAUCUAGCUUGAUAGCCGCGAUGGCUAAUUACCUAAAGUUCGAUGUGUUUGAUCUUGAUCUUAGUAAUAUUUAUGACAAUGGUGAACUGAAGAGGAUUUUGUUAUCCACCACGAAUCGUUCUAUUUUGGUGAUUGAGGAUAUUGAUUGCAAUGCUGAGGUGAGAGAUAGGGAAGAUGAGAAUCAAGAAACUGGAAAAGCUAGAGGAAAGUUGACUCUCUCAGGGAUUCUGAACUUCAUUGAUGGGUUAUGGUCAAGUUUUGGAGAUGAGAGAAUCAUUGUCUUCACGACAAACCACAAAGACCGGCUUGAUCCUGCGUUGCUACGUCCGGGAAGAAUGGAUAUGCAUAUCAAUAUGUCGUAUUGUACAGGUUUAGCAUUUAGGACAUUGGUUUCUAAUUACCUUGGUUUAGAUGGCUUAAACCAUCCUCUAUGUGAAGAAAUCGAGAAGCUGAUUGAUUCUACGGAGGUUACUCCAGCUGAGUUAGCUGAACAGUUGAUGCAAGACGAUGAUCCUAAUGUUAUUCUACGUGGAGUAAUUAGCUUUGUCGAGAAGAUGAAAUACGAGAAAAGUAAGGGCAAGGUCAAGGCCAAGGAGGAUGUUCCUGCUUGUAAAGAACUUUUAACUAAGAAAGAUGAUAGUUGCGGGAAACAGAGUAGUAUGAAGAAUCAGAAGCAGGCUGGUAAACCUAAAGGAAGGGGCAUGAAAAGGCAAAAACUUAUGGAGUAA